AUGAUGGAACCACAACCAUGCUCGAAAAAGACCCUUUCCCUGGCGCUCACGGUUCCCAGGGAAGGACAGGCGACUCUCAAGCCUCCGCAGCAUCUGUGGAGGCAGCCGCGCACUCCAAUUAAAAUCAAACACCGCGGCUACUCCGACACGGACCGGCACCGGCACAUGGAGCGCUCCGACGCCGUGGACACGAGCGACAGACCCGGGCUUAAGAAGUCCCGCAUGUCCUGGCCAUCCUCUUUCCACGGCACCACGAACACGUCCAUUGGAAAUUGUAUUGGGCACAAACGGUAA